CAAACAAGCAGUAGUAGCCACUCAAUGGAAUCAUGGUGUUCUAAGUUGCAUUUUACCUUGUUUUACUUGUGUAAAUGAAUCAACAUGGCUCAUAUGCUACCCUGCUACUUCCACAUUUCUAAAGGACCCAAUCUAGAAUUUCCCAAUACAUGUAGCCAUGGAAGAAAGAUCGGCGGGCGGAAAUUAGCGCCCGGUGGUAGCAGAGGUUGUGUGGUGCAGAGAUGCACAGUAUCUUCAACCCCAACUUCAUCAGUAGCUAAAGAGCCACUUCUGUUCGAAAACAACACAAGAUCAGAUGAGGAUAAAGAGUGUUUAGUAAAUGAGUUUGGUUGGAAAGUGAGGAAGUUGGCAAGAGAUGAGCAUGAGAUGAGGGAAGUUUCUCAAAUUCAAGCUGAAGCUUUCCAUACUCCUAUGGCUAUCUUUGAUGAUUUCUUCUUCCAAUUCUUUAAGGCUGAAGUGCUAGCUGGCCUGCUUUACAAACUCAGGAACUCACCUCCUGAUAGAUAUGCAUGUUUGGUAGCUGAGCCUGCAGUUGAUUCUUCCGAGUCCGAGAGUAAGCUUGUCGGUGUAGUGGAUGCCACAGCGGUGAGAGAUGAAGAUGUUCUGCAAUAUCUAAAUGGAGCAGAAGAGUAUCUCUAUAUAUCAGGGAUAGCCGUUUCCAAAAGUUUCAGGAGGCAGAAGAUAGGCAGCGUACUGCUAAAAGCUUGUGAUGUGCUCUCCAUUUCGUUGGGCUUUGAGUAUCUUGUCCUCCGAGCAUAUGAAGAUGACAUAGGUGCUCGCAGAUUGUAUACAAAUGCAGGUUACAAAGUAAUCUCAACUGAUCCUCACUGGGUGACUUUGAUCGGAAGAAAACGGCGUGUUCUUAUGAUCAAGCAGCCUAAUUUACUUGCCUGACAUUUCUAGCACGCCAGUACAAAGUUCCAUAUCUAAUGUAGUGAUUUGCAGAGGAUGUACAUGUAUUUAACACGAUAAGAGCUUUUUUCGUGAAAUGAAAAUGCAGUAAGCAUGAAAUUCAAAGUU